AUGCCCAUUCUUGAGGAUAUUUCUGUCAAUGUGCGAGUCACUUGCAGCAGUACUCGUCUACAAGCCAGCAACAAAUCCGAGGAACCUGUCUGCAGCCCUGCAGCUAUCAAGCUGUCAUCCCUCAAGAGGACUCGUAACAUGGACGAUGAUGAAGAUGUCUAUGACGAGUACGACGAGUAUGAAGACGACGAGUAUGAAGACGACGAGGAUUACGAGGACUACCAACAGCUUCUGCACGACCUUGCGGACAAGUUUGGUAGCAACAUGGUUGACGAAGAUGAAGAGAUCGGGUGCGAAUUUCCCGACAUGGACAACAAGGAAAUGCCCAGCGAUCUAGCAACUUCGUUCUUAGACCAUGACCAAGUGGGAGAGGGUAAAGACGCCUACGUGACCAAUUUAGAGCAAGCUGCUCGAUAUACCGAUAUCUUCGCAGAGGCACUCGAAGGGCUUCAAGAUGCCUGGUCAAUCCGGUCACCGAAGGCCUCCUCCACACUCUUAUCCAGGACACGCUCCCGUAUCUUGCUGUGUUCAUCGGCAGUAAGGAGGAAUGCCUUGAUGAUUCCAUGGGUCUUGACAAAGGCGUGGAUGGCAACCAGCCGCUUUUUGCACUUCCACAGCUAG